CAGACCACCUGAUUAUCAUCUGCUGUGAUCACGAUAAUGUUAUCAUUUCAAAAACUUCUGCUGCAAUGUGCUUUUCUAGAAGUGAUAUGUUUCCCCUUUGACUACGGUACUGGAAACCAGGCACAAAUACCAACAAAUGUAUCAGCACUGAAAGGGUCCUGUGUCGUUAUACCCUGUAAAUUUACCUUUUCUCAUUUUGAGAAAUAUGCUAAACUCGUGCAUGGCAUGUGGCAAUAUAAUAAUUUUGGAAGAUACAUUAAUCACCCUGACUCUUCACAAGUGGUGAACACUUUUAAGGGACGUACAUACCUGAUUGGAGAUUUGCAAAAGCAUGAUUGCUCUCUGAAGAUUGAUGCAGUGAAAGUCGACGACAUUGGUCCAUUUUGUUUUAGAUUCGAAGUACCAGGGAUUGAUCAAGCAUCAUAUUUAAAGCAUAUAGUAUUCAUAAACGUUAAAGAUUCUCCUGAUGAACCCUCAAUAAAUCGGUUGUCAGAAGUCAAAGCCGGGGUUGAUUUAGCUGUGACUUGCUCUGUCCCUCACACUUGCCCUUCAAACCCGCCUGUUAUUACUUGGAGUCGCACCAACGCCACUUCGACAGUUCACCACAAAGCAACAGGGAAUGGAAUAUGGGACGUGUCCUCAAUCCUCAAGUUCAUACCAUUAGCGAGUGAUCACACGACCCGUCUGACAUGCAUUGCCCAGUUCUGGGGAGGAAAGCAAGCAAAUAUCUCUGUCUUGUUAAAUGUGAAAUACAAGCCAACGAUCGCGUCGGAAUCAGCCUGUACCGUCGACAUCAAAGGACAGGUAACGUGUCAUUGCAUCGUGGACUCCAACCCCCCACCUGAGAUCGAGUGGCGCGUUUCUGACAGCGACCUGAAUGAAUCUACCACCGGUCUGAAGUCAUUCUCCAUUAGUAACAGCAGAGGAGAGCAGGACGCAGUCACCAUAGGAGUUCUACAGGGAAGGAUGGCCUUCACAGGACAGGUCUCCUGCACUGCCACCAACACGCAGGGGAAUGCCUCGCUGUCAUUCACACGCCCAAUGAGUGAUGUCUACAUAUACAUCGCAAUCUCUGCUGUGGCUGCUGUGUUGAUUGUAGCUAUUGUGGCUGCAGUGAGCUGGCUGAGAAUAAAGAGGAAUGAGAAAAUAAAACAAGCC